AUGAACAAACGCAAAAGUCAAACCAAAAGUUAUAAUACAACUCUCCUUACUACCGGAAAAAUUAUUCUAGAAAUACAUUAUGGACAUUUUUCUCGGGAAUGGUGGAUAGCAACUGAAAAUAAUAUAAACGAUCAGGCGACGCGACUAGUUCCAAUAAGGUUGGGUAUGCAAACACUUACAAAACUCAAUAGUUAUGAGUUUAUUAUUGUUGUUUUAGGUGCAGAUAUAGAAAUUACACCUGGUCCAAGAUAUCAAGCAAAUUGUUAUUUUAUAAAUAACGAGUUAAUAAAUGGUGAUAUAUGUACAAACUCUUCAUUUGCUAUUACAUCAUUAUAUAAACGUCUUUUUGGAACAAAAACAAAAUUUUCUGGGCCGCUUGUUAUGGGUUUUGACCAAGAAAUUAUCGUAGAAAAAUUACUAAAAGAUGUUAAAUUUCAGCCUUUUGAAUUUUUUGUGGGACGACUUCAGAUAGUAGUUUUUGGAAUUGGAAUUUCAAAUAGUCAAGAAUGGAACUAUGCUGGAGAAGGAUACCAGUCAUCUUUUAUUGAUAAUGUUAAUAAAAAACUAUUUUUAUAUGUUCAAACUUUUACUGCUAAGAAAUCAGAUGUGUGGUCUCAAGUAGAUUAUAAACCAAAAUUUGAUGCGAACAAAUUAUUUGGAGUUGAUAAUGAAUAUACACAAACAUUAAUCAGUAAGCUGCAAAUUCCAUCAUGUACACCAGAAGAAUGGAAUAAUUUGCCUUUAUUGCAGCAAAUCUUUGAAUAUCAUCUAAAAAAACGAACAAUUUCUGAUGUUAACUGGAUGGGGUUUAUUGAAAAUUGGAAAAAUCAACAGAGUGAAAUUAUUGAAUUGCGAAUAUCUUUGAUGCAACUAUAUGGAUCUGAAUCCCUAUAA